CCUACAAUACGGAUGAGCGAAUCAAGCAAGCAAGCAAGGCGAAGAGGCGAGAAGUUGUCACUGGACAUCAGAGGGAGCUGAGUUGUUAUUUUGCAAAUAUCUGGUCUGCUUCUGGUUUUCCCCAAAUUUUGUGGAGCUGCCGCGAUCUUCAUCCUCCCUCCUUCCUCCUGAUCUAGGUUUGAUUGUUCAUCUUUUAUUUCCAAUCCCAAUCCCAAUCCCAAUCCCUCACUUUCCCUUCUCUAAUUUUAGACGCCUUCUCGGCGGAACUCUUGACUGGCUGCCCCAUGGAAAGCGGAGCAGGUAUAUCUCGUUUCCCCUCCCCCCAUUAGGUGCCUUAUCAAUGGGAGGCCUCUCACUGACACACAACUUCCCUUCUUCUCCAUUCAUGGGAGGAGACCCUCUACUGCAUAUGUGGGACGUUGUAUGAUAAAUACUACGUCAUCUCUGAGUGCCUUCAGAGGUGAAAUUAAUGGUGGAUUCGAAGUGGAUUUGAAUUUUUUUCUUCAUCAACUAUGGAUUCCAAUGCGAUCGUGUGCAGUUCUAUGACAGAGCCAUGCCCUGGCAUGGAAUUUGAAUCUCAUGAAAAUGCAUAUUCAUUCUAUAGAGACUACGCCAAGACUAUGGGCUUUGGAACUGCCAAAUUGAGUAGCCGUCGUUCUAGGGCAUCUAAGGAAUUUAUUGAUGCCAAAUUUUCAUGCACAAGAUAUGGCAAUAAGCAACAAUCUGAUGACGCUAUCAACCCACGACCCUCACCAAAAAUUGGUUGUAAGGCGAGCAUGCAUGUGAAGAGAAAACAGAAUGGGAAGUGGUAUGUUUAUAGUUUUGUAAAAGAUCAUAAUCACGAGCUUUUACCAUCUCAAGUUCACCUUUUUAGAAGCCACCGAAACACUGAUCUACUCAAGAAUGAUGUCAGAAUACGGAGACGAAAGAAUUUAGCUGCCAUGUCAAAAAUGUUCAGUGCUUAUCAGAAUGUUGAUUGUUUAGAAAGCUAUGUGAAAAACCAACACGAUAAAGGCCGCACUUUGGUCCUAGAAUCAGGGGAUGCGCAAAUUCUUCUUGAACUUUUUAUGCACAUGCAGGAAGAGAAUCCAAAAUUCUUUUAUGCAGUUGAUUUGAAUGAAGAGCACCAGUUGCGCAAUGUGUUCUGGGUUGAUGGCAAAGGAAUGGAAGAUUAUGUGCGCUUUGGAGAUGUGGUUUCAUUUGACACCACUUAUUUCACAAACAAGUAUAAGCUACCAUUAGUUCUUUUCAUAGGAGUGAACCAUCAUAUUCAACCUACUUUACUUGGUUGUGCACUGAUUGCAGAUGAGACAGUUAAUACAUUCAGUUGGUUAAUACAAACAUGGUACAUAGCAAUGGGAGAACGAGCACCACAGGUGAUGCUUACUGACCAAAAUACCAAUAUUAAAGCAGUCAUUGAGGCAGUUCUUCCUGGAACACGUCACUACUUUUGUCUGUGGUAUAUUUUGCAAAAGAUUCCAAAAAAUCUCGAAUUUUUAAGCAUGUGGCAUGAGGGUUUUAUGGAGGAGUUCAAGAACUGUGUUUUUAAGUCAUGGACUAAGGAACAGUUCGAAAAGAGGUGGCAGAAAUUGCUCGAUGGAUUUAGUCUUAGAGAAGUUGAGUGGAUGCAAUAUUUGUAUGAUGAUCGUGCUUAUUGGGUGCCUUCUUUUGCUAGAGACGUUUCUUUCGCUGGCUUAUGCACAUUUUCACGCAUGGAAAGUCUGAACUCUUUUUUUGACAAAUAUGUUAAGAUUGAAACAUCCUUGACGGAGUUUAUAGAGCGAUAUAAAGACAUUCUUGAGGAUCGAUAUGAGGAAGAAGCAAAGGCAAAUUUUGAUGCUUGGCAUGAUACACCGGAAUUGAAGUCUCCAUCUCCAUUUGAGAAACAAGUUUCACUAGUAUAUACGCAUGAAAUCUUUAAAAAAUUUCAAAUGGAGGUUUUGGGAGCUGCUGCUUGCCAUCUUAAGAAAGAAACUGAAGAUGCAACUACUACGACAUACACUGUCAAAGACAUUGAAGAUGGUCAGAAUUAUGUUGUCGAAUGCAGUCACUCAAAUUCAGAUAUAUAUUGCUCCUGCCGCUCAUUUGAAUAUAAAGGUUUCCUCUGUAGACAUGCCAUUAUUGUUCUCCAAAUGUCUGGCGUUUUCAGUAUACCAUCCAAAUAUGUACUGCAGCGUUGGACUAACACUGCUACGAGCAGGAAUCCAAUUAACGAAAAGUUGGAUGAGGUGCAAUGUAAGGUCCGUCGUUUUAAUGACCUUUGUCGAAGAGCUAUAAUAUUGGGUGAAGAAGGGUCUUUGUCUCAGGAGAGUUAUGACAUUGCACUUUCGGCAAUUAAUGAAGCCUUGAAACAAUGUGCAACUGUGAGUAGGAGUAAUUCUGCAGAAAAUGAUGUGAGGCCUGACAACUCAGGAAUUCUUGUUUUUGGUAUCGAGGAGGACAACCAAUGCAGCAGCAGUUUAGCUGUUGAGAAUUCACCUGAUCUUAAAGUGAUUAAUGCUAAAAAGAAUCCUAAGAGGGCAGGGUCGAGCAAGGAACCUGCAGCCAAUGAAAUCAGCAAAAAUGGAAAGGUAUCUCAACCAUUGGAUGCAAAUGCUGGAUCCCAGGAUGACUUCAAUCAAUUGGAGUUGAGCGAUAUGCGGCCAAUCCAAUUGCAUGGAAUAUCACCGACGCAAUUGCAUAACAUGGUGCCAACACUGCUUCAUAAUGUGACACCAACACAGUUUCACAGCAUGACUUCUGCACAUUUGCAUGAGAGUCUUCAUCCUCGUUGACGCGUGGAGACCUCUGUAAAAAUGUAUACCUUAUAACUUCCUUGAGAAUGUAUGUAUGCAGCAAAACUAAUUAAGAACAGUUUCCCAAUUCCAACAUGUGUAGCCUGUUCUAGAAAUGAGCAGUACUUGAGUAGUUGCAUCAGUCUUUAUAUUUCCAUUCCUCAUUUCUGCA